AUCUCCUCUCUUGGACUGUAACCCUUCUGCUCUCUCUCUCUCUCUCUCUCUCUCUCUCCCUCUCUCUCCUCUCUCUCCCUCUCUUCUUGCUAGCUGCAGGGAAAUGGCCCUACUCUGGCUGUUUUUGGUGAGGGUUCUGCUGGCAGUGUCGCCCGUUAAGGCGUAUUAUUGGGGUUGGAGCACUGCUCAUGCCACAUUCUAUGGAGGUGGUGAUGCUUCUGGGACAAUGGGAGGGGCAUGUGGGUAUGGGAACCUGUACAGCCAGGGGUACGGGGUGAACACGGCGGCGUUGAGCACAGCAUUGUUCGACAAUGGGUUGAGCUGCGGAGCAUGCUACGAGCUGAGGUGUGUGGACGACCCGCAGUGGUGCCUGCCGGGCUCCAUUGUGGUCACUGCCACUAACUUCUGCCCGCCGGGGGGUUGGUGCGACCCUCCCCUUCCCCACUUCGAUCUCUCCCAGCCCAUCUUCCAGCACAUUGCUCAGUACCGCGCAGGAAUCGUUCCUGUCGCUUACAGAAGGGUAGCCUGCAGGAGAAGGGGAGGGAUCAGGUUCACCAUAAAUGGGCAUUCCUACUUCAACCUAGUCCUUAUCACAAACGUUGGGGGUGCAGGUGAUGUGCAUGCGGUAGCCAUCAAGGGUUCAAGGACCAGAUGGCAGCUGAUGUCAAGGAAUUGGGGUCAAAAUUGGCAGAGCAACAGUUACCUGAAUGGACAGAGCCUCUCUUUCAAAGUCACCACUAGCGAUGGACGCAGUCUCGUUGCUUACAAUGUGGCUCCUGCUGGUUGGUCCUUUGGACAGACCUACACUGGAUGGCAAUUCCGCUAGACCUUCGUUAAUCAACUAAAUUAUAGUAUUAUAAUUCAAAUAUAUAUUAAACAUACUAUCUAGUUAUAUAGUGUGCUAUUGGUAUGAAGCUAAAGUAAUUAAUUUGGGGAAAAAAAAAAAAAGUUAAUUAUGAAUAUUAAUUAAUUAAUUAACGAGUCAAUGAUCAAUCAUCAGCUAAGGUCAAAAUGAAAAGGGUUUACUUAUCCAAGCCAUUACCCUUCUGUUGUAGCUAUAUGUUUGGGGUUUUUUGAUUUUCAUGUUUGGUUAUAAAUGCACGGAAAGAGAAGGGGGGGGGGGGGGGUGGGGAGGGGGAGGAACUAUUUGCUGUAAGUGCAAUCAAUGAUGAAAUAAUAUUCAAUUUACAUGCCUCAA